AUGGAUGUCUUGUGGUACGCCAUCCCCGAUAUCGCCCUCCUCUUCUUCACACUGGGGAAGGAGGUAUAUUCUGAGAGGCAAAUAGCGGCGCAGGGGCGCUUGGUUGGGGACCAUAGACAACUGGCAAGUAUUUUCCUCUAUGGCAUUCUCGACUUCGCUAACCUUCUACGGUUGGGAAAGGAUCUUGUUGAUGUCCUGCAAGGCUCACCGCUCGAGCGGUUCCUGGCAUACGCUCAGCGAGUUCGGAUAAUCACUUCGGAUGCGCACAUCGCCACUCGCGCAAAGAACCUCAACGCAGCUCCGGGCGCAUACGACACGUUGGCAGCGAUCCUGGGGUCUCGCCCGCUCCUGCCGAACGUGGAGAAGAUCAACUACACGCGCUCCGAGAUCACACCUCUCGAAGUCUUCCGAUCGUUCCGCAUUCUAUUUGGGCCGAAGCUCCGGGUGGUGAGGAUCUGCAGCUACCACGGUCCAUACGUUGGGCCGAACGCGACGCCAAUCACGGACAAGGACGAGGAGGCCUUCGUGCAGAUGAUGAAGACACUCGCGGACAUGAAUACCCAGCUGCAAAAGAUCUACAUGUGGACGAACCCCAACAGCGCGGCAAUGAUCGCCUCCGUGUCGAAAACCGUAUGCGCCUUGUAUCAUCUUGUAUCACUCAAGCUGCCCAGCAUGUCCGUGCUGCCGCUCACCCCCGCUGCCUUCAUACACCUCGCACGACUGCCGGGCCUGCCAGUGCGCAAGCUAGACUGCGUAGUGGACGGAUCGGAGGACUGGGCGGACCAUCUUGCUGCACUCGCUCGUUCAAGCGACUCCCAGGGCACGACCUUCCCCGUUCUACACGCGCUGGAGCUCACAUCGACUCAGACGCUGGCCCUGCCUAUAGACCUCCUCCGUUUUGUUGGCUCCCCGCACCUCACCAAGCUGUGGAUCACCGCCAACAAAGCAGUCCCACGCCACGAGAUCGAUCCUUUGCUUGAGACUGUUGCAGGCCUGCGCGGCGCGAAGGCCAUCUCCCAGUUCUACGUGUUCGCACGUCGCGUCAUGCCGACCACCGCUCCCGACGCUGCGACAUUCUCGACAGGCCGCGCGCCGCGCCCCAUCGGCCGGGCGGCACUAGGACCUCUGCUCGCUAUGUCCGCCCUGGACGAUAUUUCGUUGCAGAUCCGCUGCCCGUAUGAUAUCGAUGACGCGCUCCUGGAGGCGUUCACCGAUGCCUGGCCGAGCAUAUACCGCCUGCAAUUGGGUGUCAGCGAGGAAAGCUGGGGCCUGCCGACCGAAGGUGACUUUCCAGACGACGACCGCGACCCUCGAGGAAACGAAUGUCUGCGAACCUUUCAGGAAAACCGCCGAAUGGAGUACCGGCUCAACGGGAAAAAGGUGGACCGCAGAAACGUGUGGCGCCAGCCCCGCGCGACGCUCUUCGGGCUGCUUGCGUUCGCGCGACGCCGUCCUCACGUCGAUGCCCUCCAGUUCGAGCUCACCGCGAACCUUAGCGCCGUCCCGCCCGCGCUUUUGGAAGCCCGCCCGAUGCGAGGGCUCCCGAUGAAGCGGAAGAUCACCACGCUCGACGUGGGCCUGUCUCCCAUCGAGGACCCCUAUGCAGUCGCUGCGUUGCUGUCCGAUUGGGUAGCCGGGAUCGAGGAGCUUCACCACAGUUGGGUGGACCUGAUGGAUCCGGGCGACUUUGGCGCCGACGAGGGUGACGACGACGACGAGAUGCCAAUGACAACGGAUUGGUCGGCCAUUGCGCGGGUCUACCAUAGGCGGUGGGAGAAGGUGCACCGCCUGAUACCAUCCUUUGCGGCUGUGCGUUUGCAGGAGCGGCGGUGGAAGCACAAGGUAGUCGCACUGCCAGUGACCAGGCACGCGUAA